CGAUCCAAGGAACCCAGUCACCAGAAAGACGCUCGAGCACGCCCAUUUCAUCACUCGGGUCACCGUCGCUGAAAACGACCUCGAGCUCCCUGAACACUCUGAAUUAUUCCUUGAACUUUAUCCGGAGAGGGACGAAGACUUGCAUCCUUAUGCAGGCUACUAUAUCGCCGACCACAACAACCAAACCGUCUUUUGGGCUGCGCCCAUCUCUACCAUCGACCUUGGCGCCCAUCCAGUAAACCCAGGCACUUUUGCGGAUCAGCAUUUGAGUGAGUAUCAUCAUAUCUCUGAUCCUUCUCAUCUCACCUUCCUGUAG